AUGGUUCUAAAACUCUACGGCUCUUCCAUUUCCACGUGCACACGCACUGUGGCGGUUACGUGCAAGGAGCUCAAUAUCCCGUACGAAUUUAUCAGUGUCGACUGGGCUGGCGGGGAGCACAAAACGGCCGAGUUCACUGCCAUACAUCCCUUCGGCCAGAUCCCUUACAUGGUAUGUCACAUCUAUGCAUGCUUUCCUGACUUUAUAUCUCAAUGUCUCUGCGCCAUCUCGCGCUACCUCGCCAAGAGAUAUACCGGAAAUGGCGCAAAGUUGAUUCCCACUGAUCCGAAGGAGGAGGCCCUUUUUGAGCAAGGCGUCUCGAUCGAGUCGUCCAAUUUCUACCCAUCGGCCGUAGGAUAUGCAUCGGAGAAAGUCUUCAAGCCGAUGUUCGGUGCGACUCCCAACGAAACCCGUGCGGCAGAGUGCCUUGCGACCCUCAACACCAAGCUUGACGCGUACAAUGUUUUACUGGGCAAGCAGAAGUAUAUCGGCGGCAACGAAUACACCCUCGCGGACAUAUUCCACCUCGCGUAUGGUGCAGCCCUCAUUCAGGGCGGUCAAGUUACGCUUUUCGAGUCGCGUCCCAACGUGGCUAGGUGGUGGAAAGAGAUCUCGAACAGGAAAGCUUGGCUGGAGGUUUCUGAGAAGGGCGCAUAA